AAUAUGAAGAGACUCGCAAGGAAGAAUUUCGUUUUGCUUGUUUAUAUUUUGUUUCAUUUUGACACCGAAAAAUGUGUACAAAAUACAUGAUGUUCUCUGUCUCACAUACGCAAGAAUAUGAAGAGACAUAAAUAUAUGUAUGCAUGAAUAUGAAUAUGAAGACAUAUGUAAACAUAUGCAUGCAUUGAAUAUGAAUAUGAAGACAUAAACAUAUGCAUGCUGCUCCUUAUGAUCUCCCAACUUUGUUAUAUUUUCAGCUUCAAUUUUUCAACUUGGGAAUCGCAAUGUAUGCAAAUAAGUAUGUAUGUGUAUGCUUUUGCGUUUUGCCGUCGGCAAUUGAAUAUUGACUUGUACACAUAAUUAUGAUGAGUACAAUUUUGUAUGAAGAAAAAUGAUUUCUUAGAUAUUCCAUAGGAAAUAUGAAUGUUCCAUUUUGUAUGGAAAUAUGUAUGUAGACUUUUUUAUUUUUGAUUUAUUAUUUUUCAAAUUAUUUCAUGUUAAUUUGAUCUUAUUUUAUAAUAAGUCAUUUUAAAUAUACAUACAUACAUAUGUAUAAAAGAUUAACCUAAACAUGAUGAUUGAUAUUUUCAUGAUCCAUACGCAAUGUACAAAUGUAAGCAAUUUCGUUUUGCUGUCGGCAUUUCAAUUUCUUAUGCUUCAAUUUUUGCUUUCAACCACGCUUGUAUGUAUGUGCAAUAUAUGCCUUUGCGUUUUGCCGUCAGCAUGUCCAUAUUGGCAUGCAAAAGUAAUUAUGUAUUUCAUUGUUUCGUUUUGGCCCAAUUUUGUAUAUUAAGAGAAGUAAGUGUCAAUAAUUGCGCCAAAAUCAAAUAAAUAUUUACAUAUCACAUACCAGGGAACCAGAAAUCUUCUUCUUACAUGUUCUUUGUAUAUGUCAUAUGCAAAUAAGUAUUGUACACACAAAUGAAAGUAACCAAUGGUUGCUAACCAUCCUUCUUUCCCCUACUUAUAUGUAUAUUGGCCCAAUUGACAAGUGCCGAUAAUUGCGCCAAAAUCAAAUAUAUUAUGUAGUCAUAUGUAAAUAUGUUUUAAAGUUUACAUAAAAUUGAAGUGCCAAUAAUUGCGCCAAUUUUCAUAAAGUUGGUGAUUUUGCGCGGAUAAGUCGUGUUUUGUGCGGUGAGAUCAUAAUUUUUUAAAAAAAUAAUUUAAAAUAGUGCGGAAAAAUGCCGAAAAUUCGGAAGUGUCGUGUGCGCGGAUGUGAAAGUACCAACGGUGGGGUACUACGUUUAUUUCGUUUCCCAAAUGAAUGUGAGCUGGCUGGAAAGUGGAAGGAGAAUCUAAAAAUUUCUCCCACUGACCACUUUCCAGUCAGCAACUCAUUCAUUUGUGAGAAACACUUCGAAAAGGAUGCAAUUGGAACCAGGAACCUCAAAGGGAAUGCUGUACCGACAUUAUAUCUGGAUGAGGCCCCAACCCAAUUAUUUCAACCGGCGCGCCCGUACAAAAGCAACUGUUGGGAGCAUCGCCGGAAAAACCGUAUUUUUUCCACAAGCAAAAGAAAAUUUAUUUUAUGUUCGACUAUUGCCAUUUAAUAAAAUGCAUGCGCAAUAUGAUCUUAAAGUAUGAUGUUGAAACACAAGAUGGGCUGACAACUUUUAAAGUUGUCCGCAAAAUAUAUGCCAUAGACCAGGCGAACGUUAAUUUUAAAAUGUGCCCAAAAUUAACCUAUUCGCAUGUGUACCCCACAAAUUUAGAAAAGAUGUCGGUGUCUAGAGCGACACAAAUUUUCAGCAACUCGGUCGCCGCGGCAAUUGAUAUGUCAAUAAAAGAAAAUUUGUUGGGCUCCGAUGAGCACUUAAAAAAAUGCGCUAAACCAACCCAACUGCUGGUGAAGAGAAUGAAUGAUCUUUUCGACGAAUUGGAUUGCAAGACGCUUUGCAAUCCAAAUCCUCGAAGACGACCAAUACAAAGAGGUUGUAUUGAGAAAAUUAAUAGAUUAAAAGAUCAUAUCGAAUAUAUAAAAAAUAUAAAAAAGCCCAACAGCCAACUAUUGUGCCUAGAUUCGUUUGUUUUAACAAUAAAUGCAAUGAUUGCAUUGAGCGGCGAUAUAUUCGAAGAAUAUUCGAAUAUAUCCUUUAUACUCUUAGGGAGGAUGAACCAAGAUGCCUUGGAAAACUUUUUUUAUAAAAUAAGAGCAAAUUUAGGAUGUAAUAACCAUCCAUCAGCGCACGAGAUGCAGUAUAUUGUAGCAAGGCUAGUGUCCAUGCAUAUACUGCGACGCAACUUCUCGCAAUCAGGCAGCAAUUGCGAAGAAGACGACGAUAUAAACCUUGACUGGAAUAUUGGCCAGGAAGACGACCUGAAAGAAAAUUUGAAACCGUCUGAGCAACUUGCCGUGGAACAAAUAAAUGUUCCAGAUGAGCAAUUUGAUCAGAAUGAAAAACCAGCCGAGAUACAGGUUCGUCGCUAUUAUACUGGAUAUGCGAUAUACCAGAAAGUUUUAUGUAGAUUGAAGUGCGACAAAUGUGCCAUUUUAAUGCGGAAUACGGAAAGCUCUUUGGAAGACUCAUCGGAAGCCCUUAUUAGGUCCAAAAAUUACAAAAGCGCGAAUGACCUAAGGCUGGUUAAUCCCGAUGAUAGAGUCUUCGACAUAAGCCGCCUACAAAUGAGCUGCUAUAAAGAGCUCUUUAUAGCAAAUUCUUGCAGAGUGGGUAUAAAAUCUAUGAUUUUAGCCCAGAUUACUGCAAUUACGAAUCAGAAAUACCCAGAGUGGUAUAGCGAGGCUGGAGAUUGCCUCGAACAUAGGCAUCAGUUUUUAGACUUUUUGAUAACAGUUUUACUGUUCAAAAACGCGAAAUGGCUGGCGCACGAACAGGAACAGAUUCAUAAAAAUGAAGUGAGGGCGAGGCAUUUUAAUAAACAGCAAAAAUUAAAGAAAUUGGUAACGUAGAUUGUAGGCCACAUUCAAUUUUUCUAGCGAUUUCCGUGUUAUAAAAGGUAAAAGAACUAUACAAGUAUUUUAGUGUACAUUAGUUAAAUAAUUAAAACACAUUUCAUUCUUCUCAUUUCAGAUUCUUCCUAAACUAAUAUUGUUCUUUUUUUUUCUUUCAGGGUAGAAUUAAGUUGUAAAUAGUUCGUAGUAGUAGUUUUAGUAUUAGUUAUUGCUAGUUAGUUUUAGUAUUUAUUAAUGUAGUUAGUAGUAUGUACACGUGAGCCAAGCUUUGAAAAAAGCUGGUGAAAAAGACCUAAUCUUUAUUGAUUAGGUUGUGUGAGAAUUUGUGGUUGUAGGUAGACAAAUUCUGAAAAUCGUGUUUUACUAAAAAUAUAUUUUCUUAAUAAUUUUUUAUAUGUAUAUUUCUAAUAAAAUGAAUUUUCUUUUUAUUUUUCUUUGCAGUUUGAAUAAAUUUAAGUAAUUUUCAAUAAAUUUUUUAAUAAAUUUAAACAAAUUUAAGUAAAUUUACAUGUAUUUUCAUUUAAAUUUAAUUAUCAAUAAAUUUUUUAAAAAAUAUUUGCCAUAGUUGUCCAUUUUAUUUUCUCACACAUUUCAGGCGAUUUUUGUAUGGAAAUUUGACCGGCGUAGAAGCAAAAUGCUAAGCAACCAUACAUAUAUUAUUUCGUUUGCACAUUUGUCUGUAUGUUUGCGAAAGCAAAUGCUCUACAAAAUUUGCUCAUAUUUUCAUCACUUACCAACAUACUUCUUGCAAGUGCGUGCAUUGACCUACAUACAUACAUAUGCGUACACAUACAUAUGAAUAUGUCACCACAAAAAAUUGAUCUUCACAAGUCAAUAUGGCAGCCAAAUUGGCGAAGAACAAAUGUAGUAAUUCUUACAACAAAAACAAUUUUCAUUCAUAAACGCAGGCGCAAAUUGCACAAGCGAUCUCGCUUCAUUCAUAAAAACAGAUGCCGAACAUCUCCCCGAGCAUGCCUUUGCCAACAAGUGUCUUUUCGGCAAAAGCUAAAAAUCAUAAUUUGCACCACUUUCUGGUGCUUCUCGCAAAAAUCUGCGUCGAUAUGUAUUCACGAUCAUACGUACAUACAUAUUUACACACGUUUGUUGGCGAAGCUGUCACAGCGGCAAGGAAAGCGGUGACAAUCGGCGGCCAUUACUUUAUUUUUUUUGCCCUGGUUGCCCAUGACAACAUAGAUGCCAAAAAAAUGUAAACAAACAAGACAAAUGUAAGAAAUAAUAUAUGUAUGUAUGCCAUAGAAAUUCUACUGGUGCAAAAAAUGGUUCAUAUGAUACAAGAUCAUCAUGCAUAUGUGACUCAAAGAAUGCUUUUUUACAUUCUCUGUGUGACUUUGUAUAUUUUUCUUCAUAUCAUUUCUCUUUACUCAUUCUCGCAUGAAUUUAGUCGUUUUACAUAUAAUUCUGCCAGAGACAUGCUCAUUUCUGCUAAAUAGCAGCGAGAAUGGUGAAUUCCCUUCGCGAAUCCUAUAAGCUCUGUUAGCCGCGCAAUCGAACCAUCAUACAGAAUUCGAUUUGCACCUUCUCUAUACUUUACAUUCU